AGAAAAAUAAUGAAUUAAAAUGCUUGGCUGUUUGCAGAAUGGUUUAAAGGUAGCCUGUAGGACAGGACAAAUAAAUACCAGGUUUAUCCAGACAAGUCAGAGCUUCCUUAAAGAUUACUACAAAAUAUUAGGAGUUCCUAAGAAUGCUAGUCAAAAGGAUAUAAAGAAAGCUUACUAUCAACUUGCCAAGAAAUAUCAUCCUGACACAAACCAGGACGAACCAACUGCCCAGAAGAAAUUUCAGGAGGUGUCUGAAGCCUAUGAGGUUCUAGGAGAUGAUGCUAAGAGAGCUGAGUUUGAUCAGUUUGGAUCUGGAGCCGCAAAUAAUCCAUUUGGCCAGAACCAGCGGCAGAGUUAUUCUAACCGUGGUCCGCAGUGGUCCUACCAGAGCAAUGUGGACCCAGAGGAACUUUUCAAGCAAAUUUUUGGCGAGUUUUCGAGGGGAUUUGGAGGACGCGGUUCCAGUUCAGGGUUUUCAAAUCCUUUUGAUGAUAUUUUUAACUUUCAAUUCCAGGGGGGACAGCAGGCUCAAACUACUAUAUCCUUUACUGAGUCUGCCAAAGGAGUAACAAAAGAAGUCGAUGUCCUACAAAUGACUGGAAAUUUAAGAAAUCCAAGUUUGAAUAAAAGUCGUAUAAAAGUUCCAAUUCCAGCUGGAAUAUCUGAUGGUCAAACUCUUCGUCUUUCGUUAGGAAACCAGGAGGUGUUUGUAACUGUCCGAGUUCAACCCUCAGAUUAUUACAGGCGUGAAGGUUAUGAUAUCCACACAGAUGCAAAUAUAUCCAUAUCCCAAGCUAUCCUUGGUGGCAUAAUCCGGAUACAAGGUCUAUAUGAAGAUUUAAAUAUCCGGAUACCGCCGGGAACAGACUCGCACACUGAGUUGACCCUUUCCGGUCGCGGGCUCAAACAUAUGGAGGCUUAUAACACGUACGGAGAUCAUAUAGGUAGGUACUCUUGUUGAUCGUCAAGGAGAUCAUAUAGGUAGGUACUCUUGUUGAUCGUCAAGGAGAUCAUAUAGGUAGGUACUCUUGUUG